UCUUCUUCUCCACAUCCUAUUUAAACAACAUCAACAACAACAACAACAACAACAAAAACAACAACUUUCUCUUUGAUCACUACUUUCUUCUUAUAUUUUUCUUAAUUUAUUAUCACUUUCAAAGUCCUCUGGGAUUUGAUAAUUUAAGAACAUGGGGUGGGGAUCCGGCGCCGGAGGAGCCAUGAAAGAAGAAGAGGAGAUUAACGGAGAGCAUCAUACACUCCAAACACCGCCGGCGGGGAAGUUCCGAUUGAACUCACCAUUAGUUCAAGUAUGUCUCAUUGGAUUAGUAUGCUUCUGCUGCCCGGGCAUGUUCAACGCUCUCUCCGGCAUGGGCGGUGGCGGCCAAGUCAACCACGACGCCGCUAACAACGCUAACACCGCCCUUUACACCACCUUCGCCAUCUUCGGCGUCCUUGGCGGCGGCAUCUACAACGUCCUUGGUCCUCGCCUCACACUCCUCUCCGGUUGCUCCACUUACGUUCUCUACGCCGGAUCUUUCCUCUAUUACAACCACUACCAGCAUCAACUCUUCGCCAUCAUCGCCGGUGCCAUCCUCGGCAUCGGCGCAGGGCUUCUCUGGGCUGGACAAGGCGCUAUCAUGACAUCAUACCCUCCGGCGACUCGCAAAGGCACUUACAUCUCAAUUUUCUGGAGCAUCUUCAACAUGGGCGGCGUCAUCGGCGGGCUCAUCCCUUUCUCUCUCAACUACAACCGGACCACCGCCGUCUCCGUCAACGAUGGCACUUACAUCGCCUUCAUGGCUUUCAUGUUGGCCGGUGCUGUUCUCUCCUUGGCCAUCCUGCCACCGAGGCAAGUGGUCCGUGAUGAUGGUUCAAGGGCGACCAACGUGAAGUACUCGAGUGUGAGCAAAGAGUCAGUUGAAAUCCUGAAACUGUUCACAAACUGGAAGAUGCUUCUGAUGGUGCCGGCGUCAUGGGCUAGUAACUUCUUUUAUAGCUACCAAUUCAACAAUGUCAAUGGAUUACUGUUCAACCUCAGGACUAGUGGUCUUAACAAUGUUUUCUAUUGGGGUGCUCAGAUGAUUGGUUCUGCUUCCAUUGGUUAUGUUCUUGAUUUCUCAUUCAAGAGGAGGAGGGUCAGAGGUUUUGUUGGGAUUGGUUUGGUGGCUUUGCUUUCCACUGGGAUUUGGGCUGGUGGUCUUGCCAACCAGUUGAGGUACAAGGAUGGUAAUUGGCCGGAUAAGCUUGAUUUCAAAACCUCUGGUUCUAAGUAUGCUGGUCCUUUUGUUCUCUACUUUUUUUAUGGAUUCUUAGAUGCCAUCUUUCAGACCCUUUGUUAUUGGGUCAUUGGAGCACUUGCCAAUGAUUCUGAGACACUCAGCAGGUAUAGUGGGUUUUAUAAGGGUGUGCAGAGUGCUGGAGCUGCAGUGGCUUGGCAAGUGGAUACGCAUAAAGUUCAUCUGGUGACUCAAUUGGUGGUGAAUUGGUGUCUUACCACAGUGAGUUAUCCUUUGUUGGUUCUGCUUGUGAUUUUGGCUGUGAAGGAUGAGGAUACUGCUGUUGUUGCUGGUAAGGAUGAAGAGAAGCAGCCUGUGCCUGCUGCUAAACCAUCUGGUGAUGCUUCUUCUUUAACUGUAGACCCUGCCAAUUAACAAGGUCUUUAAGCCUGUCUCUUCACUUUAGUUAUUGUUCCAUUUGAUCCCUCGUUAAUAAUCUUAUAUGUGGAAUUGCAAUUAUUAUAACACCAUGAAAUGUAUUUAAGUAUAUAUAUAUAUAUAUAUAUUUCUUUUUUUCUGUUAUUGUGUUGGUUCUGGUGAAAAUAUGAAAUAUUCUUGACUCAAAUUGAGAAAGAAACAAGUAAUUGGAGUUACUAGCUUA